AGUGUCCCGCUUGUUUUACCGGCGUUGGAAGAGAGAAAGAGAUCAUUCUGAAUCUGAAAGCUUCAUCUUCUUCAUCUUCGUGUUAUCGUGCUUCGAAAACCCUAAUUCGGAAACAGAGUUGUUGCAGACAAGAUGGUUCUAGCGCAGUUAGGAGGGAGCAUUUCGCGUGCUCUUCAGCAGAUGAGCAAUGCGACGGUGAUCGACGAGAAGGUUCUGAACGAUUGCCUGAACGAGAUCACUCGAGCUCUUCUUCAAGCCGAUGUUCAAUUCAAGCUCGUCCGCGACAUGCAGACCAACAUCAAGAGGAUUGUUAACCUCGACGAUCUUGCUGCUGGUCACAACAAACGCAAAAUCAUCCAACAAGCUGUGUUUAACGAACUCUGCAAAAUGCUGGAUCCUGGGAAGCCCUCUUUCACUCCCAAAAAAGGAAAAAGUAGUGUCGUCAUGUUUGUUGGUUUGCAAGGUUCUGGAAAAACCACUACUUGUACAAAAUACGCAUAUUAUCAUCAGAAGAAAGGCUGGAAGCCAGCUCUAGUGUGUGCAGAUACAUUUAGAGCUGGUGCAUUUGAUCAAUUGAAGCAAAAUGCCACUAAAGCUAAGAUUCCUUUCUAUGGAAGCUAUAUGGAGUCCGAUCCUGUGAAAAUUGCUGUGGAAGGUGUGGAGAGAUUCAAGAAAGAAAACUGUGAUCUCAUAAUUGUGGAUACUAGUGGGAGGCAUAAGCAAGAAGCUGCUCUUUUUGAAGAAAUGCGCCAAGUUUCAGAAGCAACGAAACCAGAUCUUGUUAUAUUUGUUAUGGAUAGCAGUAUUGGUCAGGCUGCUUUCGAUCAAGCCCAAGCAUUUAAACAGAGUGUUGCAGUCGGAGCUGUCAUUGUUACCAAAAUGGAUGGCCAUGCAAAGGGUGGUGGUGCUCUUAGCGCUGUUGCAGCAACAAAGAGUCCUGUCAUAUUCAUUGGAACUGGAGAACAUAUGGACGAGUUUGAAGUUUUUGAUGUUAAGCCAUUUGUCAGUCGUCUACUAGGAAUGGGUGAUUGGUCUGGGUUUAUGGACAAAAUUCAUGAGGUUGUUCCAAUGGAUCAACAGCCUGAACUGCUUCAAAAGCUGUCAGAAGGAAACUUCACCUUGAGGAUUAUGUAUGAGCAGUUUCAGAACAUACUUAAAAUGGGUCCCAUCAGCCAGGUAUUUUCUAUGCUGCCAGGAUUUAGUGCUGAACUAAUGCCGAAAGGCCGGGAGAAAGAAAGCCAGGCAAAAAUUAAGCGUUACAUGACAAUGAUGGAUUCAAUGACAAAUGAAGAGUUGGAUAGUUCAAAUCCAAAGCUCAUGAACGAAUCACGAAUGAUGAGAAUAGCUCGAGGUUCAGGUCGUCAAGUUAGGGAAGUGAUGGAGAUGCUGGAAGAGUACAAACGUCUUGCAAAGAUAUGGAGUAAAAUGAAAGGGCUUAAAAUACCAAAGAAAGGUGAAAUGAGCGCCCUAUCCCGAAAUAUGAAUGCCCAGCACAUGAGCAAAGUCCUUCCCCCGCAGAUGCUGAAACAAAUUGGUGGCAUGGGCGGGUUACAAAACUUGAUGAAACAGAUGGGAUCCGCUAAAGACAUGAUGGGAAUGUUUGGUGGUGGUGAAUAGUUGAUUGACUAAUGAGCUGAGCAUUGCUGCUGACCAUAACCACGAACAUUAAGCUGCUUUUCAACUAGACUCGGUUGAGGUUAUGCAGUUCAAUUGCGGGUGCCGUCUGCAAUAGCCUCAAUGGAUGCAAUUGUGUCUUUUUGUAAAAUUAUAUUCUUCUACCUUUUUGUGUAUAUUUACUUAUUUAGUCUUUCAGAUAGCAAUCAAAGUCAUCUUAUUAGAAUUUUUCAUAAUCGAUUUACAUAAAAAAAAAAAUGCUAUAUGGCUUUUUUUAUAUUGAUUGAAGAGGCGCGAGGUUCAAAUUCUGGCAUUAUAUUUGUCGGUUUCAAUUGAUGGUUAACCAUAUUCAUUCAUGUCAAUUCUGGCGGAACGAUGAACACUAUAUUGAUUAAGGCAUUACUGUUGGCAAGCAGGC